CUCAAUCCUCCGAUUCCACUCCGGAGUCCUAGCAGGGUCCUAGCUCCGCAUCUUAGCCUUUCUAGUCCUGUUUCGCUGCAAAGCGCGAAAUCUUCUGGCUCUCAAGCAAAUCUCUAAAUAUUCUCCUACUUCUGCGAUGUCACAUAAUCCCCAGUCAGACUCGACAGGCGUCUCACGGACGAAGAUUCUCCUACUUGGUUUACGCAGAAGUGGUAAAACGUCAAUUCAGCAGGUGCUGUUCGAUAGCAUGACCCCAAAAGAGACCUUCUAUCUGGAUGCUACAAUGAGAACUGUAAAACACACGUAUGACACGAUCAUACCUUUGGAGAUAUGGGAUUGUCCAGGGAACAUAACCGUCGAAACUCUUGGUGUUCCGCUCUCUGUGUUUUCUACGCUUGUAUUCGUGAUUGACAUCCGCGACCUCUACAACCAACCUAUCUCCCGUCUCGUUGAAUUCAUUAUCGCCGCAUACCACCACAAUCCUUCUCUCAACCUCGAGAUAUUCGUUCACAAAGCGGAGAAACUACAAGAGGAUGAGAAGAUUGAAAAUUUCAGACAAAUAAACGAAAGAGUAAUGGACAGAUUAAUGGACGUGUUGCCUUCGUUACCAAAUCUUCCUAAUUCCAGCUCCAACUCCGGUUUGAAUACAUCCGGUUCAAGUAACGCACAGAUAAAUAGUCCAAACAGCCCAAAUUAUCUCAGUUGGCAGGACUUCAUUGAGCAGCAACUCCUUAUGAAUUUCUAUCUUACUUCCAUCUUCGACCACUCGUUACAUCAGGCAUUCUCAAAGGUGUUGCAAAGGUUAACGGACUCAUUACCGUAUCUUGAGGAAUUGCUGAAUAUAUAUUGUGCAAACUCCCAAGCGUCCAAAGUGUUCCUUUUCGAUGCCCCUUCGAGAUUAUAUGUUGCCUCUGACGCUUCACCCGUCGACACUGCUACCUACAAUCUGUGCUGUGAUAAUUUGGCAAUGAUUAACGCCUUUGGGACGGGUUUGUAUAGAUCCGUAUCCGCAAGUCCUGUACGACGACGACGGGGCAAUCUCAAACCUUCCGAUUUCCGUAAUCACGAUUCCGACAUACCAGCCACACCACCACCAUCUGCGUCUAGUGUCAAUGGCGAAUCAUUGACGUCCGUGAUGUCGCCUUCACUGACAUCCACACAUCCCACACCGUCCAGAAAGUCUACGGGAGUAUCAGGAAAGUCAACAUCAUCAAUGGACACAUCCUCAGUCUCUGCUUCGACGUCGUCUCUCGGAGCGCCAAGUACAUCUACAUUAGUAUCAACCGCAACAAUUACGAAGAUGUCGCACCAUCCACAUGAUCACUACUCUAGCACCACCUCAAUUUCCCGAAAAAUUCGACUACAAACACCUCAAGAUUUGUUUUACCCUUCCGGAGCUACUUCAUUACAACCCUCUUCUCUCCCACAUUCGUAUUCAUCUUCGACGUCGUCAUCAGGGAUGCCCGUGACAGGGACGACAAUCAUGUGGCAUCUUGUGACAACGGGGGAGACUAGUUUGAUCAUGGAGGCGGGUUUCGUCUCGUCAUCGAGUGAGUAUGGCUCAAUUUCAGCGGAGGGUAAUCUAUCCUCGCGGAAUUCUGUAACCUCCGUUCCAGCAUCCAUAUUCACUACAUACAACAACCCUACCCUAAUUCUACUUGUAUUGCUCCCGACAUCUGUAUGGGAAAGCCGGCGGGGGCUGGUAGAGUUGAAUGUGAUUGCUGUGAGGGAGGGUGUGCAGGAGAUCGUCGAUUUGGAGAGAGAGGGAAGGGGAACAAGAGUUGUGGGAGGCGCAUUAGCAUCGCAAUCGAAUCGACGGUCGUAAGGUGGGAGAUAGUACAUAUAGAGUAGAGCAAGGACGAGAAUAUCGUAUGGUUAGGCUGUUUCUGCCCCGUGGAAAGAAUAAUUUAUGUAGAUGCUUCCAUAUCUUAUACCAAUAUUUUAUAGACUUCUAACAGGUCAUCAUAGUGCCA